CUAAAAACGGGUGUUGGUACUCUCCCUCCCCCCAGAAAGCUUGCUGACUCGGUGGCUUUCCUCACCCACGCGACCGUGUGAACUGAGCGUCGACGAAGGUGGAACUGGCCAAGAGACGUCUUCGGCAGGGGCUGCUCAUCUUCGUGAUUUGGUUGCAACUGUGGCAAGGCAGCAGGCUGCAGCUCGCCAUGUUGCGGAGGCUUUCAAAGCUCAUGCCUGAGACCGUGCCCAGUCUGGGGGCUUUGCCAAUGAUGCAAUACCUGCAGCUCCUUCAAGGGAACUUGAAUGCUCCUUCCAUGAAUCUUUGGUCAUGGUGUGGUUGGCUCGUUCAACAGCGCUGGCGCCUCCUGGCGCUCGGAGGCCUUGGCGCUGUGCUCUUGGGUCUACUGGUCAUAGCCUUCUACAAGGUGGUGAACCUUGCGAACAGUGUUUUGGUGAUGUUGCUGUACCUUUUCGCUGCUUUGGACUCUGCAGAGACCUUGGCACAGGGCCAUGACACCAUGCUGCCCAGGAAGCUGGCCUUUUGGACCGUGGCCAUGCUCUACCGUUACGCCUCCGAGCUUCCGGUUCUGGGCGUGUUCCUGAGGCUUUUCACGAUCAUCGUCUAUGCAUUGCUCUUGGUGGCCGGUGAAACGAUCUUGAAGCGUGUGGUGCAGCCUUUAUUGGAUUUGGCCCUGAAGCCCGUGGUUCGUGUGCUGUUGCUUUUGACUCGGAGGAUGUCCAGAGCGGCCAGAGUGGUUUGCUCCCCCUUGCGGCUGGCGAGGCUGUUGCUGAUGGCUUUUGGCAAAGUGGCUUCCAGGCAAGCAGAUGUGGCCGAAGAGAUGCCAGAAACUCGCCUAGCCUUAGACACCUCAGCAGGCGCAGCGCCGGCCGAACCGCCGGCCGAACCGCCGGCACCCAGCGCCGCACCCAGCGCCGCACCGGUCGCCCCGAGCCCCACGCAGAGCCCUCCGGCGGAGCCGCCCGGCGCCAGUUCGCGCCGGAGCAGCGCCGCCUCCGAGCUCGGCGCCGUCGGCGCGAGCGGCACCAACGGCACAGCGCCGGCGGGGUCGCCGGGCGUGCGGCAGCGGAAGAAGGGGCGAAGGAAGGGCGGUCACCAGAAAUUCCUGAAGAAGCAGACCGGAAAGAUGGUUGCCCAACGUGAUUGUCAAGCCUGGUUCUUUUCGGAGUGGAAAGAGGACCUGCGACUCAAAGAACGGCGCCGUGAACUGGUCGCGAGCCUCGGCGCGUCCGGCGAUGCGGAAGAGACCUUUCAACGAGCGGCGCUGACCCUGUGGUCCAUUGCACUGGAUGGAAAGGCUAAGAAGUUCGCUGCUGCUGAGGGCUCCACGUUGCCUGUGCUUAGUUUAGCGCUGACGAAUCGCUUGGAGCAGCUGGUGGGAGCCAAAGCCAGCGCAUUUGACCUCGACGUCACCAAAGCGCAGGCAGCCUUGCAAGCAGCACGUGACGCGGGCAGCGCGCAGCAGGUGGCGGAUGCCUCCCUGGCGCUGGCUGCAGCGCAGGUACUUGUGGAGCCCAACUUGGAAAAGCUGGCAGAGAUCGUGGAGCUGGUCAUGGGGGCCUUGACCUUAUUGGAAGCUUGGAAUGGCUUGGAUACGCAGUCGUCCGACGGAGUGUCCGAGCUCUGUGCAGACGAGAGGAUGAACUUGUUCUCACAAGUUCAGACCGAAGAGGACAAAGCUGGAACAGCAGUGGCCCUGAACAUUUUGGCACCUCAGCAGAUCGAGUCGUUCGAUGAGUUCGGAUCCCGUCGCAGGCGGCCCCGUGGCCCCGCGGCCCCGCUCCAAAACCUCUCCUCUCCUGGUGCCCGGCACGUCCCCGGUGCCGUCGCCGUCGUGCCGAGUGCGGAGCCACCCGAGGCCAAUGUGCACAUCUUGAUGGGCCAUGGGAAAGAUGCCCUGCGAGCCGCGAAACAGGGUCUUUAUGCACUUCGCUCCAUGGGUGGGCAAAAGAUCUUCGAGGUGCAGCCGUCGCCUACGCCUGGCCGUUGCGGCCCUGGGCCGUUGCGGCCCUUCCUUCGUGGCCCCACCUUCGGAGGUCUCUUCACCCGGGUGCCUUUGCUCCAGACGAUGAUGAGCGCUUGCUGGCUGCGCAGCGACAGCGAUGAAGCCCUCCGCUGCUGUGAGGAGGUAGCAGGGAUUUGCCAAGAAGCCAAGGCCGAUGGCUGCACAGCAUUGGCCUCCUUGGCCAACGAUGAGCAGGGCCCCGCCGAGCGCAAGGUGGAGACGGCCUUGAAGUCGCUCAAAGAUGCAGAUGGGCAGAUCUUGCUGCUGGGAGCCCUCCAAGAGAUCAGCUUCGCGAUCGGAAAGCCGGUCUCCGCCCUGAAGGCCGCGCAGGAGAUGAGGGACUUGCUGGAGAAGGAACGAAAGCGUGGAGUGAAAGAGGGCGUCGCUCGUGCUUUGCUGCUGGUGAGCGCGAGCAGCGAGGAAGACGAGGCCAAAGCGAAGGCCACAGAGGCGAAGCAACUCUUCGGAACCUUGAGAGAUCCCCUGGGCGAAGGUUUGGCCUUGGUUUCCUUGGCCAAAGCUCAACUGGCUUCCUCCACAGCGCUCCCAGUGGCCAAGGAGUCCUUCGAGGCUUUCCAGGGCUGCUUAGUGGGCCAAGGCUUUGCCAGCAGCCUCUUGACCUUGGCAUACUUGAGGCAAGAAGAUGCCAAGCAGGCCGAGCGCACGUCGCGAGAGGAUGGGAAGCAUCGAGUGGGACAGGCUUUGGCGGAGUUUCUGUUGAGGUGUCUCCAGUUGUUGCGGAUGGCUUACAGCGCCGACUCCCAUCUCUACGGAGGACCGGCAGGGAUCUCUGCUGUUGUGGCCUUGCGGGCACGGGGCAGGCGCGUGCUGUGGGUGGAUCCCGAGUUCUCUUCCGGGCGCUUGGCGCGCUUUGGGGAGGUCCCGUGCAACACCAAGGUGGACAUCCUCGCAUCCCGGAAGAAUUUUGGCCAUCCUUUGCUCAACGGCAAGGAGGUGAACGUCGGCGAGGCCUUUCAAAAGCUGAAGGAUUCGGCACAUCAAUUGAACGGCAGUAUUGAUCCUUCGACCAUGGGCUGGACCUCCUUGGGCUAUUGCAAAGAUGUCUUCCAGAUGGCCACAGAGCAACUCAUGCAAGUGGGAGUGCCCCAUCUUCGUGGAAAAGUGAUGACUUUGAAACCUCUCGCUUCUGGUUGGGAAGCUACCAUUCAAUCAGAACGUGGCCAACGUUCAGUGAAGAGCAACGCCGUGAUCGUGGCCACCGGAGCUCAUCCGAAAAAGCCUACUGUGCUUGCUUCAAAAGUUCUGGACGUCGAGGUGACCUUUCAACAGGAGACAUUGAAGAAGGCCCUGGCGCCGCACCAGCGGGUGGCCGUGUUGGGAAACAGCCACAGUGCUGCCGUGUCGCUGGCGAAGCUCGGUGACUUGGCCGUGCCCCUGUCUCUGCGCGUGGGCUGCUUCGGCCGGCGACCCCUACGCUGUGCCGAGUGGCUCCCGCAGCAUGACAUGUACCGCUACACCUCCACUGGCUUGAAAGGCUUUGGCGCCGUCUUCGGCCGAGAAUGCAUGGCCAAGGGCACUGAAUGGCUGGAGAUCAAAGAUAUGAAGGACUUUGAUGAGAAUCAGUGGGAUUGGGUGGUGGACUGUACCGGGUAUCAGCAAAGUCCUUUGCCGGCCAUAUCCGGGGUAGAGGAAGCGAAGCUGCUCCGAGAUGAAGCCACGGGGCGCUUGGGAGACUUCCAGCAGCUGUAUGCGGUGGGUGUGCCCUGGGGUGAGCCCCCCGGGCGCUUUUGGGGUAAGGGCUUCCAAGACGUCGAAGGCUUCAAAGGUGAGACCACCUUCGUAGGCUUCUCCCUCUUCCUGGACCGGGCCAUCCUCAUUGCCGACGAGAUUGACCGAAGCUUUAGCACGAGCAGUGCAGAGAAAGCGAAGAGCGCCUAA